UGGCAAUUUACAGACAACAACGCUGUAAGGAGUAAUUGGCUGCUAGAUGGACCACUAGCCCUGCAAAUUGGACCUGUGUUUGAUGGAGGAGAUGAACUAGAACAAGUACUGGGAUAUUUAUUCAUCUUUUGCCUUUUGGGGGUUCAGUUUGUGAACUUCUGGGAUCACCAAAAAUUGAAGACCCAGCCCCCCCAACGUCUCCACUGGAACUGUUAUAACCUCCUCAUACUGGAAACAUAAGCUGAAAUAAUGGAGAAGUCUAGACGCAGACAACAGUUAGCAUUCAGCCUUCUGUUUGGGUUGUGGUUACCUUAUUGUUUGGCCCAGACGACACCAUCAAACGCAGCCACGAGGACACCCACACGGGCACCCACGCCAUCACCCACACCGUCCCCGUCCCCGUCCCCCCAGUCCCAAACCGCAGGUCUACAGGUCAGACUGUCUGGAUACCCCCGAAAACACAACGAGGGUCGGGUAGAGCUUUUCCACAAGGGGGAGUGGGGAACAAUCUGCGACGACGACUUCUCGAUACAUAACGCCAACGUGCUCUGUCGCCAUCUGGGCUUUGUCUCGGCCACGGGAUGGACCCACAGCGCCAAAUACGGCAAGGGCCAAGGGAAAAUCUGGCUGGACAACGUGAUGUGCAACGGAGGUGAGAAGAGCAUUGAAUUCUGCAAGUCCCGCGGCUGGGGCAACAGCGACUGCACUCACGACGAGGACGCCGGAGUCGUGUGCAAAGACGAGAGGAUCCCUGGCUUUGUGGACUCGAAUGUUAUUGAGGCUCAAGUGGACGUGAACAAGAUAGAGGAGGUGCGUCUCCGGCCUGUGGUCGCCAUGUCCAGGAAGAAGCUGCCCAUCACGGAGGGCGUGGUGGAGGUGAAAUACAAAGACGGCUGGGCGCAGAUCUGCGACCUGGGAUGGACCAUCAAAAACACACACGUGGUCUGCGGCAUGCUGGGAUUCCCACACGAGAGGAAGGUCAACAAGAACUUCUACAAGUUGUAUUUGGAGCGUCAGAAGAACCACUUCCACAUUCACUCUGUGGCGUGUACGGGCACCGAGGUUCACCUGGCAGCCUGUCCUCUGGAGUUCAGCAGGCCAAACGCAACGUCCACCUGUACGGGCGGCAUGCCGGCCGUCGUCAGCUGCAUGCCGGGGCCGCUGUUCAUGCAGAACAACGGCUUGAAAAAGAAACCUAAAAUUUCGAGCAACGUGAGGCUGAAGGGAGGUGCCAGGGUGGGCGAGGGUCGGGUGGAGGUUCUGAAAAACAACGAGUGGGGAACCGUGUGUGAUGAUCGCUGGAACCUCCAGUCGGCCAGCGUCGUCUGCAGGGAGCUCGGCUUCGGCAGCGCCAAGGAGGCGCUCACCGGAGGCCGCAUGGGACAAGGAAUGGGUCCCAUCUACAUGAACGAGGUGAAGUGCUUCGGCCAGGAGAAGACCAUCUGGAACUGCCCCUUUAAAAACAUCACCUCAGAGGACUGUCAACACGUGGAGGACGCCGCCGUCCGCUGCAACGUGCCCCACAUGGGACUGGAGGACUCGAUCCGACUAACAGGAGGUCGGACCCGUUACGAGGGCCGCGUGGAGGUGCUGAGCACGGACUCUAACGGGACGCAGAGCUGGGGUCUGAUCUGUGGAGAGACCUGGAGCACCAAGGAGGCCAUAGUGGUCUGCAGGCAGCUGGGCCUGGGCUACGCUAACCAGGGCGUGCAAAUCCGGAUAGUGGGAGGCCGGACCAGUUAUGAGGGCCGGGUGGAGGUUCAGGUUGGCUCCAAGUGGGGCACAGUAUGCAGCACAGGCUGGACCACAAAGGAAGCCAUGGUGGUUUGCAGGCAGCUAGGGCUCGGCUACUCCAUGCAUGCCAUCACUGAGACGUGGUACUGGGAUAGCAGCAACGUGACGGAGAUGAUAAUCAGCGGCGUGAAGUGCACGGGGAACGAGAUGUCUCUGAGUCAGUGCCAGCAUCACAAAACGCUCAGCUGCCAGAAAGCGGCAGCAAAGUUUGCAGCUGGAGUCAUCUGUUCUGACACGACCUCUGACCUCGUCCUGAACGCCCCUCUGGUCCAGCAGACGGUUUACAUCGAGGAUCGCCCUCUGCACAUGCUCUACUGCGCUGCCGAGGAGGACUGCCUGUCCAAGUCUGCAGCCAAGGCCGACUGGCCCUACGGACACCGACGGCUGCUGCGCUUCUCCUCCCAGAUCCACAACAUCGGUCGGGCUGACUUCAAGCCGAAGGCCGGGCGCCACUCGUGGGUCUGGCACGCCUGCCAUGGCCACUACCACAGCAUGGAUAUUUUCACCCACUAUGAUCUGAUGAACGCCAACGGUACCCGAGUGGCCGAGGGACACAAAGCCAGCUUCUGUCUGGAGGACUCAGACUGUGAAGAUGGUGUUUCUAAGCGGUACGAGUGCGCCAACUUUGGCGAUCAGGGCAUCACUGUGGGCUGCUGGGAUUUGUACCGUCACGACAUCGACUGCCAGUGGAUCGACAUCACAGACGUCAGACCUGGAAACUACAUUCUGCAGAUUGUUAUCAAUCCAAAUCAAGAAGUGUCUGAAAGCGACUUCACCAACAACGCCAUGAAAUGCAACUGCAAAUAUGACGGACAUCGAAUCUGGCUCCAUAACUGCCACAUUGGCGAUGCGUUCAGUGAGGAGGCGGAGAGGAGGUUUGAGAAAUACCCCGGGCAGCUGAACAACCAGAUUAAUUGAUCCAGGUUGAGUGAAUAAAAACACACCUCACUAGUUUAAAAAAAAAGUUACACACAAACCUUUUUGUUAUCAGGAACCAAAAUGUAUUCCCCCAUCGUAUUAUCUGGAGUCAUGGAAACAGCCAACAGUAUUUUCCUGAAUGUGUUUUAUAUUAUACUUGAAUAUUCAAGUGCAAAUGAUUCUCUUUUGUUAGUCUAAUGUGAGCUAAUGCUAUAUUUUUAUUACAAUGAAUGUUAUGAAUGUUCCGAUUUAUGAAUGAGGUGUUUUUUACAAACCCUUUUUUUUCUUUUCUUUUUUUUACUUGGAGCUAGCAGGUUCAGAUCUACCUGAGAUUGUUAGCGUUAGCUGUAACAUAUAAAAUCUGAGGUAGGAACUGGAACAAAUGCAGCUCUGUGAAAGUCUUACUGGUUUUCAUACUGGGUAUUAUGGAUAGAAGAGAUUUCUCAUUUCCUUAGAUCAUAACAGAUAAUAUUACCUUGAUAAUUCACUCUGGGUUGAAGGUUUUCACAUCAGUUACUGUUCAGUUGUCUGCCAUCUUGGUCACAGAAAUGGUUUUGGAGUUACAAUAUUUUGUGAAUUUAUUUAUUGCUAAAAUCAAGGUGCUCUUCAAUUUUCUUUGGGACCAGUUAGAAGCCGUCUGAAGCUUUAGUCUGUUUGUUUAUUAGUCAUUUAGGGUCAGAACAUAGAGGUUAUCGGGCAAAAAAAACCUACAAUUACCCUCAAGAAUGUCUGUUUGUAUGCCGAUGUAAUCUCACCCACUGCACCGAAUAAAAAAAA